CCCCGCGAGAGUUUGGCCAUCUGUCGCUGUGCGUAUGGAAAUCGUGUGUUUCAUGUGCUCGACUGCACAGUUGUAAAUAUAAUAUGGUUGUCGUCACGUCUCUUCCACCGCCAACUGAAGGGAUAAGACACAAACAAGAAAACACAUCGGCGAAUAUCGAUGGAAAGGAUAUGGGAUUAGGCACGUUAUUUAUAACCGAAAGUUGUUUAUCAUGGACAGACACAAGUGGCAAAGGCUUUUCAUUACAAUAUCCUGCUAUAUCACUUCAUGCAGUCUCAAGAGAUUUAACAGCCUUUCCACAUGAAUGUCUGUAUGUUAUGGUUAAUGCCAACUUAUCUAAUGAACCUGAUGGAAGUGAUGAUGAAACACAAGAACCAAUAACAGAAAUGAGAUUUGUUCCAGCUGAUAAAGGAGAAUUAGACGCAAUGUUUGAUGCAAUGGCCAAAUGUCAAGCACUUCAUCCGGACGAAGACGAUAAUACUAAUUCUGAAGAUUCCGAAAAUUAUGAGGAUGCCUUGGAGGUUGGAGGUGAUGGAGAUUGUAAUGAUGAAUGGUAUACAGAGGCAGAGGGUAUUGACCAUCUUACAGAACAAGGCCAGUCUAACUUACACAGGAUAGAAAAUUUACUUCUAGAAGGUGCUAACAAUCCACAGAAUACAAUAGAUAUUGCACACAGUAAUGGUCAGGUUAUUUUAGCAGACACUGCCGUAGAUUCAGACGCCAUGGAAACUGAUGUUAGUGGUGGACAAUUUGAUGAUGCUUCUGAGGCUGAUCAUUAAUCACUUGAUUUAUGGAGAAUAACUGCAACAUACACAUGGCAUCUCAAAACCAUUCCAGCUAAAAAAUUAUUUUCUUUUUACCUUUCAUUUGUAGUUUCAUUUGUAACAUUUCCAUUGAAAUGUUGGUGUCCAUCAUCAGCUAUUUUUAUCUAGUUUGGAAAGUCUCCUUAAAAUAUUGAGAUGAUUUAUAGAACUAGCUAGUACCUUGCAGCAUAGUACUGUUUAUUUUGAAAUAAGAAUAAUCCAUCCAUCCAUGCAUAGAUAGAUGGAUUGAAAUAGUUUUCUGCAGGUAACCAUGGUGAUCAUAUCCCAGCACUAUAAUGUUCUGGGAUACAAAUAUAUUUACUGUAUUAGUUCAUAUAAACUAA